AUGAGGAAUAAUAAAACUAAUAGUUCGUCAACGAGAACAAAAGAACGACGAGCUUGGAAAUGUCGAGUUGUUGAAGAAACUGCAACUGAUGAUAUGGCUCAAUGCUGUUAUAUUAGUCGUCGAACUCGUCUUCACUGUAAAAAUCUUCGUCCAAAAUCCGCUUUAACAAAAGAAGGUUUUUGUGAAGUUCAUCCGAGAUUUUUUCAACAGUUACGACAAAUGGCUAAAGCUGAACAACGUCGUAAUGAUCAAGGAUUCUAUUCACUUGCAAACGGUGAUGAAGAUGGUUCGAUUGAAAUAAGUGAUAUUGAUGAAACAUUCGUUACAACAAGUGAUUGGCCUUUUUCACAGCAAGACCUUUAUAAUGAAUUACAUUCAGAUGAUGAUGAAGAUAAUCCAUUAAAAAAUGCUGGUAUCGUUACUGAAGAAGAAAUUUUAGUCUGUAAAUUAGCAAUUCUUAAAAGAAAACGGAAGGCACUGAGAGAUUUGCGGCAGUUAUUAUAUGAAAAGUCUAAGCGGCGAGCUAUUUUUUUUAAAAAGAAAAUUGCUGAAGAAGCAAAAAAAGGACCAAUCGUCGCUUAUACCAAGAAUGAAAAACGGUUAAAAAUGAUACAUAAAGCAAAUAAAAAGUAUCGUCGUUGGCAACAGUCUUUUAUUUCACAAUAUAUGAAUAGGAGAUUAGCUCGCAGACAAAAAAUUGGCGAUGAUCCUCAAAAACCAUUGGAUUAUUUAAAGACAAAUAAAAUAAAUGGUGAAGCAAUGUCUGGCGAAGGGAAGGUGGAAGAUAAAUGCCAAAAUCCUGCUUUGCCAUUGAAUAACUUUUGUAUAAAGCAUAUUUUGAGAGAUUCGAAACAGAGUCUUUUUACUAAAUGUAAUGAAUGUGAAAAUGCAGCAUUACAUUUUGAGGAUCGAAUUUGCUAUUGUUUUAAACAUUCAUUGCAAAGGCCAUACCAAAAAAUAGAAUCGUUACAAUCGUCUUCUUCUACAAAUUCAGUGCUUUUACAAAAGGAUAAUUUAAUCAAUAAAGGAAGUGGUAAAAUACAACGAGAUUUUGACAAUGAGAAAAGAAAUAUGAAGAAACAGCCUUUUGAUAAAAAUUGCAGCUCAUCGGCAAUUUCACCAAAGGUUAUUGCACCAGAUUUUCCGAGUAUGGGACAAAAGUGUAUACAAUAUGAUGGAUCGGUUAUUGAUUCGAGAAAUAAAAUUCAAGAAAAUGUAGCUGAUGUAAAGUCACCCCCUGUUAAAGUUGUUUUAAUUGGAGAAGAUGAUGAUUUAGAAGAAAAUCGAAUAGUGCCAUCCGGUCGACGAAACAAUGUUCGAACAAUUCCUGUCAGUUCUCCUCCACCUGCUGCGGGAAUACCAAGUCGUACUAUACCUUUUGAAAGGCAAGCAGAUCGAUAUAGUAUUAAUAGUCAUAUGAAUGAAACUACUACUAUGAUAAGUGAUAUUAAACAGCAAUCGAUGUAUUUGCAAAGAAAGGAGGAUUCCGAAUUUUCUUGUGCUCGUGUUCGUCCCUUUGUGCAUGCACCAGGACGCAGUGAUUUUAGGAAAAUGGAGAGGUCCAUACCGCAACGUUUCAUCGCUGUUGAGAAACGGAAUUACAAUGGAUCUGAUUACAAUCAGCAAUCUCCAAUUAUUCAAAGAGUGCGAAUGAGCGGGCCCAAAAAAUUUACUUCUUUUGUAUUUCAAACUGUUUCGCCACAAAAUCCAUCGAAUUCCACCAGCAUUGAUUCUAUGCGACGGGCAUCAAUUUCAGCUAAUAGCAAUUUUACUCAGCCAAGUACUGUUUUACGUUCUAUGCCAAGUGGCACGAAUUUACGAGGAGUUCAAUCAGAUCGAUUUACUGAUCCUAGCACUAUAACACUUGGUCCAACUAUUCCUUUACGUGAAGAAAGUCAAACAUCGUCAUAUUCUGGAAAUGCUUCAAGAAUCAGUCAAUAUGUUAUACAUGGUCGACCUCAAUUCUCCUCAUUACAGUUUGCAUCUGGUCGCGGCAACUCUUUUUCCUCACCGUCAUGGCCAUCUAGAUCGCCAGCUGUUGCAACUAACAGAAGCAAUCCUGAUUCUACUACUUUCAAUUAUUUAGAUCGGUCGAAACGUACGAAUUAUGAAGAAUACCAACGUCGUCAAUCCGAUCGAAACUUCCCCAUAAGCAGCGCUCGAACCCGCUUAAUUGCUAUCAAUCCAUCAUCAUCAUUGCACUUUGAUCAAACAUAUCAAGGAUACAUAUCAAAUUUCAAUAAUCGUCCAGUGAAAGAGGUUCUACGUCUUCAGCAUGGCCGUUUUGCUCAACAACAACAAAAUCUGCAGCCGGAAGCUGAUGUUCAGUUACAGGGCUCACUCGAGACCGCUGCUGCAGUUGCAAGUAUUUCUUCCGCUUUAAUGGAUAAAGAGCCACAAGAUGAUGAGGAAUCAUCAACUUCUGCAAAUCAAAAUUUAACUGAAAUAGAAAAUAUUAAUGAAAAAGCGGUAGAAGAGACUCAUUCUUCCCACAUGCAAACUACAAAUAUUCAGUCAGUCAAAACGGAUGAAAGAAUACAAAAUAUAUCACAGAAUGAAAAAAAUGAAGAAGAAAGGUCGAAUGCAGAGACAAGUAGUGAAAAUCAUUCUACAACAAAUCCAUCGUUCUCAGCCCAGCAGAGAAAUGAUGGUUCUGAAGACGGUUUAACAAUGUUAGCAAUGGCAGCAGAAUCAUGCGCUGCAAACGAAACUCAUGAAGAACUAUCAAAUAUCGAAAGCACAGAACCAUCUUCUGUAAGAACAAGUUAUUUGAAUAUGGGACUUGAACAAGAAGAUGACGAGGAUUGA